ACCGUAGAUGUCAAAGGCUGAAGCUGCUCCCUUUGCCACAUUAUUACUAGUAGGGGAUCCUCACAGACCAUGGCCACAGCUGCCUCGAAUCCCUACAGCAUUCUCAGUUCCAGCUCCCUGGUCCAUGCGGACUCCGCGGGCAUGCAGCAGGGGAGUCCUUUCCGCAAUCCUCAGAAACUUCUGCAAAGUGAUUACUUGCAAGGAGUUCCAGGCAAUGGGCAUCCCUUGGGGCAUCAUUGGGUGACCAGUCUGAGCGACGGGAGCCCAUGGUCUUCCACACUGACCACUAGCCCUCUGGACCAGCAGGACGUGAAGCCCGGGCGCGAAGACCUGCAACUCGGUGCGAUCAUUCAUCACCGAUCACCACAUGUAGCACACCACUCACCGCACACUAACCACCCGAACGCCUGGGGGGCAAGCCCAGCUCCAAACCCGUCCAUCACCUCAAGCGGCCAGCCCCUCAACGUGUACUCCCAGCCAGGCUUCACGGUGAGCGGCAUGCUUGAGCAAGGUGGACUCACCCCACCACCAGCCACCGCCUCCACACAAAGCCUGCACCCAGUCCUCCGGGAGCCCCAGGACCACAGCGAACUGGGAUCUCACCACUGCCAGGACCACUCCGAUGAGGAGACGCCAACCUCUGACGAAUUGGAACAGUUCGCCAAACAAUUCAAACAAAGAAGAAUCAAAUUAGGUUUUACGCAGGCUGACGUGGGGCUGGCGCUGGGCACACUAUAUGGCAACGUGUUCUCACAGACCACUAUCUGCAGGUUCGAGGCCUUGCAGUUGAGCUUCAAGAACAUGUGCAAGCUGAAGCCCCUGCUGAAUAAGUGGCUUGAGGAAGCAGAUUCGUCCACAGGGAGCCCAACAAGUAUUGACAAGAUCGCUGCACAGGGCCGCAAGCGCAAGAAGAGAACCUCCAUCGAGGUGAGUGUCAAGGGCGUUCUGGAGACGCAUUUCCUCAAGUGUCCCAAGCCUGCAGCACAGGAGAUCUCCUCACUGGCAGACAGCCUCCAGUUGGAGAAAGAAGUGGUGCGUGUCUGGUUCUGUAAUAGAAGACAAAAAGAGAAAAGAAUGACUCCACCAGGCGAUCAACAACCACAUGAGGUUUAUUCGCAAACGGUGAAAACAGACACAUCGUGCCACGAUCUCUGACGAGAAAAUAAGCAGACGACUGGCCGCACUGGGAGCAGCGCGG